GGUUAACGUCCGGACAGGGGCGGAAGAGGCGCGUCGUCUCGCGCAGACAAACUCAAGUUUCCUCCGAAGGACGAAAACAGCGAAAACAACAGGAUAAGGACACAAACAGGGAGGAGAGGCGGUUCUGGGAACAGUUUGGAAACCUGUCUCGGUCCGGUCUUUAUCGAGCCCGAGUGUUUUCAGGGAGGUUUUGCUUUUUGUUUUGGGUUUUUUUGGGGGGGACAGAAACUUCUCCGCUCCAACGACGAAAACAGCGACCAAACAAGAGACUUUUGACCCGUGCGCGAGCUGAAAGCAGGUCGCCCCUAAAUAAAAACCUGCUCCGUCCGACCGGACAGACGAACCGGAUAUCACCCUGAGAUCAAUCUGGUGGAUGUUUUCUCCCCCUGGGUGUUUGUUGAAAGCAGCAGAUUUGCGUCCGUUUCCGUGCUUGACGCGGGCUGCGUCACCAUGGGCAACAGCUCCAGCAGCGAGAGGUCAUUCAGAGAUGGACCGUCCGGAGGGAAGGAGGCUCGACCCAACAUCUUGAUGGACAGCAGCGACGACUCAGAGCUGUUCCACAGGGAAGACCCGAAGGCUUCCCCAGACAUACAGGAGUUUCUGGCCUGGCAGCAGGACCUCGACUGCGACAGCAAGGACCCGGGGCAAGCCAGACCGACCGUUUUCAGAUGGGCCGGGUCAGCCAAGGAAGUCUUUGUGUCCGGUUCUUUUAACAACUGGGCCACCAAAAUCCCUCUUAACAAGAGUCAGAAUAACUUCGUGGCUAUUGUGGACCUGCCAGAGGGGGAGCACCAGUACAAAUUUUGCGUUGACGGACAGUGGACUUUGGAUCCGACUGGGCCGGUGACAACAACCAAGACUGGCACAGUCAACAACAUCAUUCAAGUGAAUCAAACCGACUUCGAAGUCUUCGAUGCCCUCAAGAUCGACUCCCAGGAUUCAACGGACAUGUCUGACCUGUCCAGUUCUCCACCCGGACCCUACCAACAGGACGGAUAUCUCAUCAAGCCAGACGACAAGAUCAAGCAGCCUCCUAUCUUGCCGCCCCACCUGCUCCAAGUGCUGCUCAACAAGGACACGGGCGUCUCUUGUGACCCGACACUACUUCCAGAGCCUAACCACGUCAUGCUGAAUCACCUGUAUGCCCUCUCCAUCAAGGACGGGGUGAUGGUUCUCAGCGCGACUCACCGAUACAAAAAGAAAUAUGUGACCACUCUCCUCUACAAACCCAUAUAACCCAGAGAGAUCACCAUCAACCUGAUGUUCCACACAGCUGCUACUUCUAAUGACGAUUGAUGACGAAACAGGACCAACAUUUUUAUAACAAAGCAUUCUGAACGUUUCUCCCAUCUCGUUUCAUCAACCUGUUAAUACUAAGCUCUUUUUCUUUUGAUAUUUUUCACAAUGUUUCAUACUGCCAGUGUGUGAAUAAAUACAUUUUGCCUCGCCACAUAA